CUACAAAUAACACCUUCCUUCAGAAACGAGGUUGGAAAUGCACCAGUCAAACAGCCACGCUAGUUUAUAGUGUGACAUUUCAACCCCAGUCUGGGACGCUGCACAUUGAAGGCAUGUUUCUCUUUCUUGUUUUAAUAGAUAAGCACAAAAGAGGAUGGAUUCCCCAAAGAACAAAGCUUCAUCCAGUUUUGACUUGGAUAUUAAAUCCAAGGCAGAGGACGAGAGACCCGAUCAGACUGUACCCUCAACUUCAACACUCAAGCGAACUAGAAGCCAAACAAAGCAACUGAAAUCAUUCGUAUUUUCUUUCUCAGAUGAAGUAAAACACGAAGUACAUGGCUCUGCUGGGAAAACUGUGUUAGAGGCCUUAAAUAGUAACUCAUUGUUCAGAAAACAAAAUAUAACAGAAAAAACACGCAAAAAUAAGCAAGUGCUGAUCCCUGGGAAGAAAUUUUGGGGUUGUGCCUCAUCACCUGCCUUGCAGUUUUAUACCCAACGAUGAGCAUUUUAAACUGGAAUUCAUUCUCUCAGCGGGAGGCGAUAGUGAGGAGCAGGGUUACAAGACACCUCAAGAGACAGAACGCGUCGUUUUUUACCUAGAGGCCAGAGGUAAAAUGAAGACUGGAAACAGGAAAAUACUGAAAAACAAUUACAUUCACAAACAGGGUAAAAAGCUUUGAGAAGGGAUGGGCUUUUAAUAAGGACUGAAACUGAGAAAUGAUGCUACUGCUGUACUCACUGAAAUGAAGCUCUGUGUAGAUAAUCUAGGUGGGAAGACGUUCACAGUGAUUGUUUCAAGUAAAGACAGACCAGUGAACCAGCCGCGGUUCUUUGAUACUGGGCUGAGCAGCCAGGCUAUUGGUAUUGCCCAGUCUGCCAGUAGAGAUGCUGGUGUCUGUGCCACUACUGGCGGUACCCAGCCUGUCUGUAAAGCUACUGGUGCUAAAGCUACUGGUGCUUUAAAAAAGACUGGCGAUUCCUUUUCGGACCCCAAAUCAUCAACUAAUGAAAACCGCAGGCAUUACAUUCCAAUUCCCGACACUGAAGAAGUGUACAAGGCUCUCAAGUCUCAGAUGGAUGCCCUUGUUAAGUUAAUGAAAGGUAGAAGACAAAAAGACAAAGGGUACCCCCCGAUCAUAGAGCUGCUGAGAACGGAGUUUGGUAAAGACACGGACAGCUUUACCCUGGUUAGUACCGUGAGAGCUCUCACGGAGCUCAGUGAAUCUGUCUGCAUCAUCAAAGCAGGGAACCCUAUAGGCACCCUCGUAGGCACAGGGUUCCUUUUGUUUGGAAAUUGCAUUCUUACGUGCGCUCACGUCGUGGAGCAAUUCAUAUCAAGCUCACAGUCCCAGACAGUGCUCACUACCACGGUUCAUAUAAACUUUAAAUACGAAAAACAUGGCGAGUCUUUAAACUAUUUACUUGUAAAGCCACAGAUAGUUGCCUACGACAGAGAGCUAGACUAUGCUUUGCUUGAGCUGGUGCAGGAAAACUCUCCACUCCCUCCAGCUCUGAUUACUAAUCUUGGCGUUCCUCCAAAGCGGGGGGGGGUCUGUAUCAUUGGCCACCCGGAUGGUGGCGUCAAGAAGAUAGAUAUGUGUUCCAUUAUAAAGUUCGAGGAGCGCCAAGGCGAAAUACAAGAACACCAUUACAAAUACCACUGGUGUUCUCAGUUAAUUACCCGAUUCUCUUUCGAAGAGAUGCGAGAUGAAAAGCGACUGUCGUACAACACCUGUUUUUAUCACACCUCUUCUGGCUCUCCUGUCUUUAAUGAUCAAGGGCAGCUGGUAGCUGUGCACACGGGCGGGAAUGAGUACAAACUGAAAAUCCAGACCGCAUCGCUGUUUUGAAGCAGCUGCAAGAGGCAUGCCGUCAUCUGAGUGCAAGGGAAACCUUAAAACAGUUUGUGACGAACAGCCCCCUGCUUAAUGAAUGGGAAACCCCAAUGGAUUUGGAAUAAAAAAAAAAUUUAAAAAAAGAGAUCUGGUCAAAAAAACAACAGCACUGAUUUGACAAGAGUGUAACCCCGCCCCAAUAGCGAUAAUUAUGGUGGCAUCCCCUGGCAUAGAA